CCGGAGAAGAUUGAAUCCCGGCCGAGCCGCUGUCAGAGUCCCCGUCCUCUCUAGUCGUUGAUCGGGUUGAGAGAAUCGGGUCUUGCCUCGCCUCGCUUGAUUCUCCGUCGACUUUUACGUGUACAACCUUUUCGCUUUCCGAUACACUCGGAUCACCAUGCGUUCUCAGUUCUCCACCGUGGCCGUUCUGGCCUUAGCAUCUCUCGCCGACUGCUUGUUGCAACAGCCCGCGCAGGAACCUAUACCCGGUGCGGAUACCGUCCAUGGAUGCUACAAGUCGGUAGGCACGAUGACGUUGGCGGAGGUCUCGAAUCGAAACUCGAAGGGCCUGUGUGCUGGCCUGUGUCGCUCUCUUUCGAAACUUGUGGGCGCCACCAACGCGGACGACUGUUACUGUGGUGAUGAAUACCCUAACAAGGCCGAUUUGGUAGACGACAGCAAAUGUGCCGAACCAUGCCGUGGCAUUGACACAGAGGCUUGCGGUGGACUGAACGCAUAUACGGUAUACAAUAUUGGUAUCAGAGUGGUCGUCGGUGAGGCGGAGCUGCCUUCGUCGAGUUCCAGCGCGACGAGUACCCAGACAUCGACCACGACAAGCACAGCCCGAACUAGCACGUCUCCUCCCGCUCAAGCUACCACCACCCCGGUCGAAGAGCCCACCGAAAGUCCUAACGUCGCCGGUAUUGCCGCUGGUGCCGUUGUUGGUGUCGUCGGCGCAGCCGCUAUCGUUGGAGGAAUACUGUUCUGGAUGCGCCGCAAGAGGAACGCCGAGCUCGAAGAGGAGCACCGCCGAAACGCCGCCGUCAACGCCUUCAUCACCGGUGGUGGGAAACCUCCGAGCAGCAGCGGCGGCCUCUCCAUGUCCGAUUCCCGCCUCGACCCCGUCAUGAACCGACGAAUGAGCGACGGCAGCAUUGCUGACAACCAAGACUACUCGCGGAGAAUUUUGAGGGUAGGCGAACCGAUGGUCUAGCGCGCCUUUACGAUUUGCUAACACGACGGGUUGUGUAGGUUACCAAUGCUUGAAACCCUCCAUCGCUGAACUUACGAUGAACGACUUCCGCUUGUAAAAAAAGAAACCUUUUUAUUCCCCAUCGGCAUCGACGGCGUUU